UCGUGUCUUGCUGCCUGUGCAAGCUCACACAUUGCUCCCUGCUGUCUCUGAGGCUGGGGACAGAGCAGCAGUAGGGCCGAGAGGCCAUCCGAACCCCAGCACGUCGGCCAUGGACGGCUUCACGGAGGCUCUCAACAGGCUGAAGGCCGUCCACGAGCAAGAGGUCCUGGGCCUGCAGAACAAGCUUGUAGAACUGAACUCGGAGCGAUGCCGGGACGCCCAGAGGGCGGAGGAGCUCUGUGCCAAGAACCACCACCUGCGGGAGCAGCAGAGGGCUCUGAAGGACAACGUGCGGGUGCUGGAGAACAGGCUGCGGGCCGGCCUGUGUGACCGCUGCACCGUCACCCAGGAGCUGGCUCGGAAGAGGCAGCAGGAGUUCGAGAAUGCGCUCCUCCGGCACCUGCAGCACAUCUGCCUCCUCACCAACGAGAUGCACCGGCUGCAGGACGAGAACGAGACCCUGAAGGAAGAGGUGACCCGGCUUCGGGGCUCGGGGCCUGAGCCCCUGUGCGGGGAGGGCACCCCAGACACCACCUCGCCCCCGCAGCACACCUCCCCGGGUGCCCGGAAGGCCACCGAAGAGAAGUUGCCGGGAGAGGAGGCUGAGGACCACCCCCCAGAGAAGCUGGCGUACAGGAUGUCUCCAGGGGCCAAAAUGUCCCCGAGUGCCAACCCUGCGGAGCCGAGGGCCCCAGACAUGAGCCCCCAGCGGAUCUCCAACCAGCUGCACGGGACCAUCGCCGUCGUGCGGCCGGGCGCCCGGGCCUGCUCCACCGACCGGGGCUCCACCAGCGGGACGCCCCCCGCCCUCAGUGGGCCACACAGCCCGCCUUACGAGCUCGGCCUCCCCUUGGACAGCUUCCCGCGGGGCCCCCGGCCCUCUGCCGUGACCUACGCGUCCCUGAAGCAAUCCCUCCAGGCUGACCACCUCGGUCUCCUGAGCCACCGCCUGUCCCUGCACCUUCGGAGCUGCCACGACAGCCCCGGGGGCCCCCCGGCCCAGGGCCUGAAGGCCGGAGAGCUGGAGGCCUGGGAGGAGCCCCUGGGCCUGCUGGGCCUGCCGGGCCCCCUGGCAGACACGCGGGGCCCGAGGCUGGAGGGGGCCCUGAGCCUGCUCCUGGCCCAGCAGCUGCGGGCGCGGGGACAGGCUGACGGUGCCAGGCUGAAGGGCCCCCACAGGCCAGGAGAGACCCCGCCCUCCCCUGCCAUUGGCUCUGACUCCGAGGGGCCAGAGGGCGAGGUGGCCAGGGCAGCCCUGCCCGGGAAGCGGCGCCCACGGCCCACAGGCUCCGACAGCCCCAGGGCAAAGGAGGCCCGGACCACACGGGACCACGUUCCAGACAAGCCCCUGGACCUCUCAGAGUGGGGCCGGGGCCGGGAGGCCCCCGAGUCCACGGGCCGGCCAGGGUCACUCAGCCCCCAAACUGCGCACACCCCCAGUCCUGAGCCACCCCAGGGAGCGGAGCCACCUGCCCAGUCUGGACCUUGGGGACGCAGCAAUGGCACCAAGGGGACCAGAGCACCAGAGCCGGAAGAGCCCCGCACCCCCGAGGACUACCCACAGCCUCUCCCAGGACCCCAGCCCAGCCUGCAGUCUCCGGGCAGGCCUGGAGAUGAGUCCAGAGAGAGGCCAAAACCACCCCCGCACCCACAGAGGCCUGACGCCGAGGGCCCCCCGGAGCUCAGCAAGCCCGAGGUGCAGCCACGGGUAUCGGACGAGCUGGACGCACCUGAUGCCUCGGACGAUGAGGGGGGCCUGAGCCCCAAGGAGCCCCCGCCAAGCACACUGGGGAAGGCACCCAGGUGCCUCUGCACCACGGAGCCCCGGCAGGGCCGCCCCCCGAGGAGGAAGCAGACCCCGUCCUCCGACCAGCGGGACAGAGCCUCCAAGAAGCUGUCGUGAGGGAGAAGACAUUCCAGGGAUGUCCCUGACGGCGAACGGCGACCCGGGAACCCAAGAUCCUGAGGACGGGGAGCCCUCGUCCAGCAGCAGCGGCUGAGGGAGACCGAUGGCGCUUUGGCCCUGGGCACCACGGCCCACCCACCUGACUGCCUGCGGCCAUGACAGCUCACACUGCCAGCACAGCUCGGCCCAGGGGGAAGGGGGCUGGGCCCUCACAGUGGGCACAGUGGCUGGGAAGGUCAAGAGGGAGCCUUUAGGUGCUCUUUUGAACCUCUCCAUCACACUCCUCCAAGAAUGGCCACCGGAACUGCCACCCCACCCUCUCCCCAGCACCUGCUCCAGAGCAGGGGCUCAAAGAUGCAAGCGUUGGGAAUGCUCAGGCCCCAGCCCAGCCCCACCACCGCAGCGCACAGACAGCCCUUACCGGGCAGCGCCACCUCACCCAGUCCCCUCUGACCAUCCCAGACACUACCGGCCCCAGGCUCCCUCCCGGCUUCCCUUCCUCUUCGGCCACGGAGUUGCAAGCCGCAGUCUUGGGCGUCCCCUGGUGGUGGAAUCCCGCAAACAGACUCUGGGAGUUUAGGGAGACCGGGGACGGGCAGGGGGAGGUGCCUCCACUGAGAGGGUCCCCAGAGACGCUGGGAAAAUGAAGGCACAAAGAAGGUGGUAAGUGUGGCUAGCGAGGUAGGGGGCAGCUGGCCCAGGUGACUCUUGAAUGAAUGUGUACAGGGCCAGGGAGGUCACUCCCUCACAGGAGGGCAGGAUCAAAAUCAGCAGGGCAUUUACAGGGGCAGGGUGCCCCCUGGGGACGGCCGGAAGAGCACUGACAGUGGGCAGCGGCCCCCACACGACCCCUCCUCUUAGACCAUCCCCAGUCCCUGGUCCCACAUCUGCCGCUGAGGCCGCAAGGGCAGCCCAUCCAGGGCUCCACCCUCAGCCCCCAGGACGUUCUGCACCCCCCAGUCCAGGACAGAGGCGGGACAUGGGGCAAACUGCGGCAGCAGGCAGACUAACCGGGGCACUGCCCCCCACCGUGCUCCGAGUGGCCACAGAGACUAAAUUCCCAAGAGAGUAGGCUGAGGGGGAGGGGGAGGGGAGGCCCGCGUGUGCCUGAAAUCUCCCAGCUGCUGAAGGUGGCAUUGAUUUUCCCAAAAUCAAAUA